UUUCCAAUAUUUUUCUUUAUUUUCUCCCUCCAUCUGUUUCGAGUCUCUCUCGUUCAUGUUGGCUAUAUAUAAUAGGAAAUGGAGCAAAUGAGAUCAAAAAAACCAAAAUCUGAGAAAGGAGCACCGCCUUCUCAUUCUAGUGUCUUACCUUCCAUUCAGCAAAAUGCAAAACUUCCAUUUUUGCUAUUAGCCUCCUCCGACACGCCUCUCUCACACGGCAGUGUUACCAACAACCAACCAACACUAUAAGGUAGAAAAGUAGAGCUGUAUUAUUAUAGAGAAGGAAGAAAGAACAAAAUCUCUCUCUCUCUCUCUAAACUCUCUCUCUCUCUCUCUCUGAUAUUCUCAACGUGAACGCCUACUCAUUCAUCAUUAUCGUUCUUUUGGAUUGUUAGUGUACAGCUCCUGUGUGCUUUCUUUCUUUCUCUCUCUCUCUCUCUCUCUCUCGCGAGUGGGUGUCUUUGAGAGGCAGAGCUUAUUGUGCCAAACCUUUUCUCUCUAAUAUUCACAGGUUUGCCUCGGCAAUCUGCACCGGCUCACCAAACGAUUAUCCAGGACACACCCAGAUUCUUUCUCCAAAUACACAUUUGUUCAUGCUCACAACCCAGAUGGUGAAAUGCCCUUCUUCGCAAUAGGAGACGAUCUCUCACGCUUAGCUCAACAACAACAACAACAACACCACCACCGACGCACUGUUCUCAAUCGCGUCCUUCACCUACAUGCCAUAUUCAAUAAUGGGCAUCUCUGUUUUGUUGAAUAAAAUCCCAGCUUUAUCAUCAGCAGCACAAUCACCGAAUACCCUUUUGAGUGCUAUUCAAGGUUUGCCAGUAUUGGAGCUUUCUUCCAUCUGCAUCAAUUUGACACUCUUUCUUGUAUUCCUCUUCAUUAUCUCGGCGAGGCAGAUAUUUGUGUGUGUGGGUAGGAUACGAAUUAUUAAGGAUGAUUCGGCUGCGAAUGCAAGUCCAAUUCGGCAUAGUGUCGACGGAGAAAUCGGCGAUGUUAGUAUCGGCACCGGGUAUAAAAUUACAGUCUCUUGUUGUUUCUAUGUGUUGUUUGCGCAAGUUUUGGUAUUGGGGUUCGAUGGGGUUGGUUUAAUAAGAGAGAGUGUUAAUGGGAAGGUUGUUGAUUGGUCUGGCCUGUUCUUGCCAGCUGCACAAAGUUUAGCUUGGUUCGUGUUGAGCUUUUCAGCUCUGCAUUGUAAAUUCAAGGUGUCUGAGAAAUUCCCAUUAUUGUUGAGGGUGUGGUGGGUUGCCUCAUUUUCGAUUUGUUUGUGUACUCUCUAUGUUGAUGGGAGAGGAUUCUUAGGUGAAGGUUCAAAGCACUUGUGUUCUCAUGCUGUGGCAAAUUUUGCUGUGACCCCAGCUCUUGCUUUCCUUGGUUUUGUCGCAAUUAGUGGUGUUACUGGUAUACAAGUUUGUAGGAACUCUGAUCUUCAAGAACCUUUGCUUGAAGAAGACGCAGGGUGUCUUAAGGUUACCCCUUAUAAUGAUGCCGGGCUUUUUACCUUGGCCACACUUUCUUGGCUGAACCCACUUCUUUCAAUUGGUGCAAAGAGACCGCUUGAGCUUAAGGACAUUCCUCUUCUUGCGCCAAAAGAUAGAGCCAAGACCAAUUAUAAGGUUUUGAAUUCGAAUUGGGAGAGAUUGAAGGCUGAAAACCCUUCAAAGCACCCUUCUUUAGCUAGGGCAAUUCUCAAGUCAUUUUGGAAAGAAGCAGCGUGUAAUGCCAUUUUUGCUGGUUUGAAUACUCUUGUUUCGUAUGUGGGACCGUAUAUGAUUAGCUACUUUGUUGAUUACUUGGGGGGGAUAAACAGUUUCCCCAAUGAGGGGUAUCUUCUUGCUGGAAUAUUCUUUGCUGCAAAACUUAUAGAGACAUUAACAACCCGGCAGUGGUACCUUGGGGUGGACAUUUUGGGCAUGCAUGUGAGAUCAGCUUUAACAGCAAUGGUGUAUCGAAAGGGGAUCAGGCUUUCAAGCUUGGCAAAGCAAAGUCACACCAGUGGAGAAAUUGUUAACUACAUGGCAGUUGAUGUCCAGAGAGUGGGCGACUACUCUUGGUAUCUGCAUGAUAUAUGGAUGCUUCCUCUGCAAAUCAUUCUUGCCCUUGCAAUUUUGUAUAAGAAUGUUGGAAUUGCUUCUGUUGCGACAUUGAUUGCCACCAUCAUCUCCAUUGUUGUUACUGUUCCUGUGGCAAAGAUACAAGAAAAUUAUCAAGACAAGUUAAUGACUGCUAAGGAUGAAAGAAUGAGGAAAACCUCUGAGUGUCUAAGGAACAUGAGGAUUCUUAAGUUGCAAGCUUGGGAGGACCGGUAUCGAGUGGAGUUGGAGGAAAUGCGGGGUGUAGAGUUCAAGUGGCUACGGAAAGCCCUUUAUUCUCAAGCUUUUAUUACAUUCAUUUUCUGGAGCUCCCCCAUAUUUGUUUCAGCUGUCACUUUUGGUACUUCCAUAUUGUUGGGUGCUCAGCUCACUGCAGGCAGUGUUCUUUCUGCUCUGGCCACUUUCAGAAUCCUCCAAGAACCACUCAGGAAUUUUCCUGAUUUGGUGUCUAUGAUGGCUCAGACAAAAGUUUCUCUUGAUCGAAUUUCCGGAUUUCUGCAGGACGAAGAGUUGCAGGAAGAUGCCACCAUUGUCCUACCACGAGGCAUUUCUAACGUGGCCUUAGAAAUUAAGGAUGGCAUAUUCUCCUGGGACCCUUCCUCUCCGACACCGACAUUAUCAGGAAUAGAAAUGAAAGUUGAGAAAGGAAUGCGUGUUGCUGUUUGUGGUAUGGUUGGUUCUGGGAAAUCAAGCUUUCUCUCUUGCAUCCUUGGAGAGAUUCCAAAAAUCUCUGGUGAAGUACAAGUAUGUGGUACUGCAGCUUAUGUAUCCCAGUCAGCAUGGAUACAGUCAGGAAAUAUAGAAGAAAACGUUCUUUUUGGCAGCCCAAUGGACAAAGCAAAGUACAAAAGUGUUUUACAUGCUUGUUCACUGAAAAAGGAUUUGGAACUUUUCUCACAUGGAGAUCAGACCAUUAUUGGUGAUAGAGGUAUAAAUUUGAGUGGCGGCCAGAAGCAACGAGUGCAGCUUGCGAGAGCACUGUAUCAAGAUGCAGACAUUUAUUUACUUGAUGAUCCCUUUAGUGCGGUUGAUGCACACACUGGUUCUGAAUUAUUUAAGGAAUGCAUAUUGACAGCACUAGCAAGUAAAACUGUCAUUUUUGUGACCCAUCAAGUUGAAUUUCUGCCUGCUGCGGAUCUGAUACUGGUUCUUAAAGCAGGCCGCAUCAUACAAGCAGGAAGAUAUGAUGAUCUUUUACAAGCUGGAACUGAUUUUAAAACUUUGGUCUCAGCUCACCAUGAAGCAAUUGAAGCUAUGGACAUUCCCAGUCACUCAUCAGAAGAUUCAGAUGAAAGCUUAUCUCUGGAUGGAUCUCUUAUACGUAAAACUUCUGUCCCAGCUGAAAAUGGUGGUAUUGGCAGUUUGGUAAAGGAAGUGCAAGAAGGUGUAUCACCUUCCGACCAGAAAGCAAUUAAAGAGAAAAAGAAAGCAAAACGCUCAAGGAAAAAGCAGCUAGUUCAGGAAGAGGAAAGGGUCAGAGGAAGGGUCAGCAUGAAGGUCUACUUGUCAUAUAUGGCUGCAGCAUAUAAGGGCUUAUUGAUUCCACUCAUAAUUGUUGCACAAGCACUGUUUCAGUUCCUUCAAAUUGCUAGUAAUUGGUGGAUGGCUUGGGCAAAUCCCCAAACAGUAGGAGAUCAACCUAGAGUGAGUCCUAUGGUCCUUCUGGUUGUUUAUAUGGCCUUUGCUUUUGGAAGCUCUUGGUUUGUCUUUGUUAGGGCAGUCCUGGUAGCUACAUUUGGUUUAGCAGCUGCACAGAAAUUGUUUCUGAAUAUGCUUAGAAGUGUGUUUCGGGCACCAAUGUCUUUCUUUGACUCCACUCCAGCUGGACGGGUCUUGAAUCGUGUGUCAGUUGAUCAAAGUGUUGUGGAUCUUGAUAUUCCUUUUAGACUUGGUGGGUUUGCUUCAACGACAAUUCAGCUUAUGGGGAUUGUUGGUGUGAUGACAACAGUUACCUGGCAAGUUUUGCUUCUUGUUGUCCCUAUGGCAGUUGCCUGCUUGUGGAUGCAGAAAUACUACAUGGCUUCAUCAAGAGAAUUGGUUCGUAUUGUGAGCAUCCAGAAAUCUCCAAUUAUGAAUCUUUUUGGUGAAUCUAUUGCUGGAGCAGCAACAAUUAGAGGCUUUGGACAAGAAAAAAGAUUCAUGAAGAGGAACCUUUACCUUCUUGAUUGUUUUGCUCGCCCAUUCUUUUGUAGUCUUGCAGCUAUUGAAUGGCUCUGCCUACGAAUGGAGUUGCUCUCAACCUUUGUAUUUGCUUUCUGCAUGAUUUUGCUUGUGAGCUUUCCACAUGGGAGUAUUGAUCCAAGCAUGGCAGGCCUUGCUGUAACAUAUGGCCUUAAUUUGAAUGCACGACUAUCGCGGUGGAUACUUAGCUUUUGCAAGCUUGAAAACAAAAUUAUUUCCAUAGAAAGGAUUUACCAGUACAGCCAGAUUCCAGGAGAAGCCCCACCAAUUAUUGAGGAAUCUCGCCCUCCAGCCUCAUGGCCUGAGAAUGGAACAAUUGAUAUUAUUGAUUUAAAGGCUCGUUACAAGGAGAAUCUUCCUAUGGUGCUUCAUGGGAUAACCUGCACGUUUCCUGGUGGAAAGAAGAUUGGAAUUGUUGGGCGUACUGGAAGUGGUAAAUCUACUUUGAUUCAGGCUUUGUUUCGACUAAUUGAACCAUCAGGUGGGAGAAUCCUUAUAGACAACGUUGAUAUUUCAACAAUUGGACUUCAUGACCUUCGUAGCCGUCUGAGUAUCAUACCUCAGGAUCCUACCUUAUUUGAAGGGACCAUUAGGGACAAUCUUGAUCCCCUUGAAGAGCAUUCAGAUCAUGAAAUUUGGCAGGCACUUGAUAAGUCUCAGCUUGGAGAGAUAAUCCGUGAUAAAGAGCAAAAGCUUGAUACACCUGUGCUUGAAAAUGGAGAUAAUUGGAGUGUGGGUCAGAGGCAACUUGUUUCCUUGGGUCGGGCUUUACUUAAGCAAGCAAGAAUACUGGUUCUUGAUGAAGCAACAGCAUCAGUUGAUACAGCCACUGAUAAUCUCAUCCAGAAGAUUAUUCGAACUGAGUUUAAGGAUUGUACUGUAUGCACAAUUGCACAUCGUAUUCCAACUGUUAUCGACAGCGAUCUAGUUCUGGUACUCAGUGACGGUCGAGUUGCAGAGUUUGAUACUCCAGCGCGACUAUUAGAUGAUAAAUCAUCCAUGUUUCUAAAAUUGGUGACUGAGUAUUCAUCACGGGCAAGUGGCAUACCAGAUUUUUGAUUGGCUGCCAUGCCUGAGAAACCCCCCCCCCCCCCCCCCCAAGUCAAGGGAAGGGAGAAGAAGACUACUCAAAACCGAACCGGCCGAGGCUGCUCUGCUUAUCCCUGCCGCAUCCGGCAAGUUGACAGACAAUGGCAGGGACGACAAAGGUGCUGUCGUGUUACUUAGCCAGAACCCCUCGGAGGAAAUUAGUUACUAGUUCAAAGUGAUUAGGAGUUAAUUCAUCCCCUUGAGCGGGGAAUUCUUGCACAGUUGGCAUAAUUUGUAACAGAAAAUAAGUCGGGCUGGUAGAGGCAAUAAUAAUAAUCACACGAAAGAGAAAAUGCACGGCUAAUUUGUGUUUAAGGCAGUCCAAUAACAUAGUGUUUAGGCUGAGGCAGGUUGUUGGUAACUAGGAAAUUUGUAGAGCUGAACAAGUCAAUGUCUAUUCCACAAUUUCUAGUGCCAAAAAUGCAGUUUAGACUCAGUAUUCAAUUUCAUGAAUGUAAUUAUUUGUCUUCUUCUUUUCA